AUGUCGGUGGUAGACCACGGUCAGGAGAGAGCGAAGGAAAAGACAAGUCGACACAAAGAGGGAAAGGUAGGAAAGAUUGAAAAGAGUUAUCACUGGCCCUUUGGCUGGCUCAACCUUGUAUCUGGGCAGAUUGUUAGCAUUGAGAAAGCUUUACAAGCGGAUAUGAAUGGUAAAGGGAGGUACAUAACAGACAGAAAAAGCAAAUUUCAAGCCCAUGCAGCUAUAAUAAUAUCAGUGGACCAAGUCAAGGGUAUGUUGUCGACAUUGCUGGAAAAUAAAAAAUUCGCUCAAGCAACACACAACAUCUACGCAUACAGGGUGCUCAAGGACGGUCUGCCAGGGUGUAUGGCCCAGGACUGUGAAGACGACGGGGAAAAUGCGGCUGGUAGCCGGCUGCUACAUUUACUGCAGACGAUGGGAGCUAUGAACGUGAUGGUGGUGGUCUCACGCUGGUAUGGGGGUGUUCAUCUUGGCCCAGACAGGUUUCGGCACAUUAACAAUUGCAGCGAGGCAGGUCUUGCAACAGAUGGGCUUCGUCAACAAAAAGUAGAGACCGGUUCCUGCUACCAACAACCCACUGAAUGUGCAAUAAUUUCUUUUGUUAAAAAAUGA